AAUGGCUUUAAAUCCCUACGUAUUAUGCAACCUGACGACAGUGUAGAGUCCACUUAAUAUAUAUUACCACACGAACGUCCCAAUGGCGACUUGUUCCGAUUACCAGGAGGCUACAGAGAGAGAGAGAGGAGGCAGAUAGCGGCUGACGCACGCUAACAGGCAAGAGAAUGGUGGAGGAAGUGGAGGUAGACAAAGCACUGGUGGAACAAUACCACCGCGAUGGAGCUGUACUGGUGAAGGGUGUCUUCGACAGCAACUGGGUGGAGAAAGUCCGUCGGGGAAUCGACAAGAAUCUUAAGAAUCCAUCCAAGUAUGGGGAGAGACUGAUGGCCAAGGAGGGAGAGGGCGCCUACUUCGACGACUACUGCAACUGGCAGUGGAUCGAGGAGUUCCGGCAGUACGUGUUCGAGUCGCCCGCAGCCUCGCUGGCCUCUCAGUUCAUGAGGUCAAACGAAGUGUCCUUCUACCACGAGCACGUCCUCAACAAGGAACCGGGCACAAAUAAGAGGACCCCUUGGCAUCACGACCAGGCCUAUUACCCCAUCGAUGGGCAUAAGGUGUGUUCACUGUGGAUGCCGGUCGACCCCAUACCGAGAGAAACUUGUGUCCAGUUUGUCGCAGGUUCACACAUUUGGCCGAAGUGGUUCCACCCGAAGAAGUUCGCCUCCGAAAAUAACUACCCCCUGAGGACAGGUGAAGACGGUAUUAGCAGCAGUCACAGCCGCACUUACUACGACGUUCCCGACCACGAGAUAGAGUCAGGGAAGUGGCCCAUCUUGCAUUGGGAAUGCGAGCCAGGCGAUGUCAUUGUCUUCCACAUGAGAACAGUGCACGGAGCAGCCGGCAACAGUUCGUCAACAAAUCAGCGACGGGUGUUGUCAUCACGAUGGUUAGGUGACGACGCAGUCUUGGCGACUCGCCCUUGGGAGGUGUCGCCGCCCAUCACGGGUGGUCUGCAGCCCGGUCAGAGGGCCGUCUGUGAUACAUUCCCUUUGGUCUACAGGAGAGAGUGACGACCACCCGCCCGAUCCUGGAGGAGGAGACGCCAGGACUCGUUUUGGCAUUAGCAAUAUGACCUCUUUCAUGGGGAACCAAAUUAGUUUAACUGAGAUCAACUCUUGAUUUAAACCUUUUUCUUCCUCUGUGCUCUCCACCUCUACAACACAUUCUUUUUGUCUAUUAACCACUAUCUCAUUACUAUUAUACUCAGCGUGUGUCUCUCUACAAUCAAGAAUAAAUAACGCAUCUCUGUAUUAAUCUACUCGUACUUAAACCUGUAUCUUUGGUGUUUACUAACUAUCUAUAGAAGGGUCUUUGCCCUGAUUUGAAAAUAUUCAAAAAGUGGAUCCCGAGAUAAAAACAAGCCAAUUGUCUGACAUAGGCGUACUCUAACGGAUGAGUCAUGGCUGAACCCUCAUGCUAAAAAAGAUAUUCCAAUACAACCAACCACUCAUCAGCAGCCCAAAAAAGCCCUCUAUGCACGCUGCACUCCCCACCUGCAUCUUGUACAGUCGCUCUGGAAAGUUCUGGCACACUUUUCAGUGAAUUUUGGACAAGAGUUUACAAAAUAGUAACUGGCAACUUUUACGAGGCCAUCCCUCCCGUCUUCUCUCUGAAAGUGAUAUAAUAUCACUCAGUCUCGACUGUCACCAGAUCAGCUGUAGCUUGCCACACGGAAAAAAAAGAGAGGCAAGUAAUUUGCGCACAGUGCUUUUUUUUAACGCCAAAUUUCUUUUCUAGUGU